AUGCCAAGUCAGAUCUUAACCGAACGACAACAACUGGAACUUAAUAAAGCUAUAUUACAGUAUCUACAACCAAUUUGUUCAACUUCUGAGUCAAAUGAACAUCUCUUUCAUCAGCUUUCACAGCUUCUUCUGCCUGGCAAUUCUAACGCGCAUAACGAUGGGAUAGUUGAACAGUACCUUGAAAAGAAGUGGUCAACAGUUUUACGUCUACAGAAAAAGAUCAUUGAUCUAGAGAAUGAGAUAACUAAUCUACGAAGUGUUGUUGAUGUUGCUCCUGUGAAGAUCAGUAAAGAUCGAAUCAAUUGGAUACCCAUGUCUGCAAUUCAAACUUUUGAAACACCAAAUGUUGUUAAUAAUGUAAGGCUACAUCCCGUUCUUCCGUUGGUAUUUGCUGGAUGUAAUGAUGGAUCAAUUAAUGUAUGGAAUUUUGCUUCCGAUGAUAAUUCACUACCGGAGAAGAUUAUAAAAGCACAUACUAGAGGUGUCAACAAAAUAUCGUUUUCACAAAACAAGAUUGAAUUGAAUAAAGGUGACGGGCCGCAGUAUGUCUUAGCGUCAUGUUCAUCUGAUCUCACCAUCAAGCUAUAUAAUGCAACAACGCAUCAACAUUUGAAGACUUUACGUGGCCAUGAUCAUACAGUGUCUUCAAUUGUAUUUUCAAAACACAAUCUUCUAUAUAGUGUUUCAAGAGACAAGACCGUCAAGGUGUGGAAUGUGGUUGAUGGCACUUGUAUCAAAAGCUUUGUUGGUCAUACUGAAUGGGUGAGAGAUUUGGACGUGUGUUCUGGUGAAUUUGGUGAAUUUGUAUUAACAUGCUCCAAUGAUCAAAGUGCUCGAUUGAGUCAUGGACAAUCUGGCACUGGUAUUGCGUUGUUAAUUGGGCAUACACAUGUAAUAGAAGCUGUGAAAUACCUACCUAAACUUUCAAAUGGUGCCAUUGACUCAUUUAUCGCAGCCAAUUCUGAUUUAUUCCCAACCCUACCCCUAGAACUAAUCAAGAAUGAGCUGUAUGAGAAAUUGGGGUUCAAGUACUGUCUUACUGCUAGUAGAGAUAAUACAAUCAAACUAUGGCUAUUGCCACCACCCACACAGGUUCCAGGACGUCCUCCCAUGCCAUCUAAAUACAACCAAGCACAAGCCUGGCUUAUUGCUACCCUACAAGGACAUUUGUCAUGGGUUAAAACAUUGCAAGUUCACCCUAAUGGAAGAUACAUAUUCAGUGGAUCAGAUGACAAGACAAUCAAGAUAUGGGAUUUGAAUGGGUUGAAUAUAGAUGGCUCUGUGGGAGUAAUAAGAACAUUAUCCAGCCACCGAGGAUUUGUCAACGACAUUGACUUUGCUCGACUCGCUAAGCGCAAAGAAGAUAUCAAUGGGAAUAGCGAUGACGUAUUGAAGGACGUAGAGGCCAGGAUGCGAUGUGUACUAGCUAGUUGCGGUACUGACAAUGUGGUCAAAAUAUGGAAAUGA